AUGGAACUCUCUUUAGACGAAUCAAAAGUUCUCAUCAUCUACACAGGCGGGACAAUUGGAAUGCUGGUCGGACAACAGGGCUAUGUUCCAGAACCGUACUUCCUCACGGAAACAUUUCGCAGCCAGGCUCGGUUCCAUGACCCAUUCCAGGACUCUCUGUUCUCCAAUGCGACAUCCGUGGAAGGCUUCAGACAAUGGAGCAACAAUAGCGGGAGAUCUUCUCCAACCAUUCCUCCAUCAACUUCUCAUCCUCAUGCUACUCAGCAUCGCCCAACGUUGCCUUGGGAGCCGCUUUUGGACAGCAGUAAUAUUGAAAUCGACGACUGGAUCCGCAUAGCUACGGAGAUAGAGCUAAAUUAUCAUCUGUUUGAUGCAUUCGUGGUCCUCCAUGGCACAGACACCAUGGCGUAUACAUCUAGCGCCCUGAGCUUUCUCCUCGAAGACUUAGGGAAAACUGUCAUUGUGACAGGCGCUCAGAUACCUCUGUCCCAGCUGCGCAAUGAUGCAGUUGACAAUUUACUCGGUGCUUUAUCCAUUGCCGGUCACUACAUCAUUCCUGAGUGCUGCUUAUUCUUUAACCACACCCUCUAUCGUGGGAACAGGGUCUCGAAGGUCUCCUCUCACGAUUUGAACGCCUUCUCAAGUCCAAAUUUUCCGCCAUUGGUGAACGUCGGCAUCGACAUUGUUGUAAAUUGGAAGGAUGUCAUCAGGCAAACUAGUCGACGCAGAUUUAAAGCGCACAAAGCCACGUUGCGUCUAUUCCCAGGCAUCACAGCUGCUACUGUCCGUGCGUUCUUGGCGCCGUCGGUCAAAGGUGUUGUUCUUGAGACGUUUGGUGCCGGCAAUGCACCUCAACGAAAAGAUCUGAUGGCCUCACUGCGGGAGGCCUGCGACCGCGGUGUCGUAAUAGUUGCUAUCACCCAGUGUGCCAAAGGCGCUGUAUCUGAUGCCUAUGAAACUGGUAGGACUCUCUUACAAUCCGGCGUUGUUCCGGGAGGGGACAUGACCCCCGAGAGCGCGCUCACGAAACUGGGUUAUCUUCUGUCCAAGCCCGAGCUUACUCCCACUGAAGUCCGCAACCUCAUUGGAACGCCUCUUCGCGGUGAACUCACCCGCUCUAUCAGUAAUGCUACACCUCGCCAGCUAACGCUGGAUCAAAACAUUGAAAACAUCGAAGGCGUCCUGUCACAUGUCGUUCGCCUCUCGUCCCUACCUACGCACCAAUCACCGAAAAUCAUAGUGUCCAUAGAUGAAAUGGACAAAGCAGCGAGGGAAGCAGCUGCUCCAUGGUCCUCGACUGUGGCUGAAGCCGCCUUGACCGAGACAGCAUUGUUCUCAUCCCUGAUACAUCUCGCUGCCGCGGCUGAUGACGUUGAGGGCGUACUGUACUGCUUAGCUUCGGAGAGAACUGCCGGCGAUGACUCAGUGGAAUCCGGGCAACUACGUACUGCAGCAGGAGGGAUUGUCAGUUGGAUCAACCCAGCCUCCGGCCGGUCGCCUUUGCAUGUCGCUGCGAUCAAUGGGAGCUUGAAGACAAUCAAUGUCUUGUUAGAAGCGGGGGCGUUAGUCCAUCUGCGAGAUACUCUGGGUCACACUGCACUCUAUUAUGCUGCCCGGCAGGGUCAUAACUCCGUCGUGGAUACUCUAGUCAAAGCCGGCGCAAAUCUAAAUGGAUCUGAUGUAGAAGGCGGCUUUGUCAGUUUGGCUAUGGAAAACGCGCUUCGCAACGGCGAUGGAAGGGCAGUCAGGAUAUGGGAGAAGGCCGGUGCACAAAUCCCGACAGAUAAUACAGCUGUGGGGAAGGUGGACUACGCUUGAUUAAGGGAACUGGUACAAAGCCCGAAGACGAUACUAAAUGUCUCUGCAGGUAUCUUGUAUAAGGGACUACCCUACAGGGUGUUCGGUAGGUGAGCUGCCUAAACAUACAGUACUGUUACUCGAUCACAAAUGGUAGAAACAAAAGGAUUCAAGAUCGCAGAAUAAUAGAUACAGCACCGGGCUCAUCAUCACUCUACCAUCUCCACGUCAUCGUCAUUAUCUGCGCCAGGACCCCCUACAUUAUCCCACAGCGUUUUGAGAAAGACAUCCAUCUGGUUUCUUGAAAACGUGAAUGUAUCCUUGAGGAAAUCGAGAGAUUCGACGAAGUCUGGCGAU